AUGGGCUCCACUAAGGACGCGAAGAAUAUCGAUGGGAAGAUUGAUAGAGGCUUAACAAGCAUAUCUAGCAACAAAUUUCCUGAAUUAAAACCGCAUGAUUACUGCACGGGCCCAGUCUCAACCAUCAUUGAGUAUAAACAUGCUGACAAGGAAAAGGGGAAGAAGGAAAAGGAAGAUGAAGAUGAAACCCCUCAAACAAGUGCUUUGGCAGAAUCACAAUCCCCACAAGUAAGCCAUCAUUCGGAAAUGUUCCACUCUUUCGAUUCCCCUCUACACUUACCCAAUUUCAAGCUGGCAGAGGACCUGUUCUCUGACUCGUCAAGAAGAUCAUCAGAUUCCGCUGCAUCAUCCUCUGUAUCCAAACUAAAAUCUGCCCAACUUUCCAAAAUGACUAUGCAUCCUUCCCAUACAAACAAUAUCGAUAGCAAGCUAGGCCAAAGAAGCGAAACACCGAUUUCUGAAAUGAAAGCUAGUUCCUCAUUUGAUUCCUCUACACCGCGGUUCAUCGUAUCUAAUAUGGUUGGCAAUGGGCGUGGAGGAGGUGGACUUCAUGGUGCUACCUCAAAUGUCGUUAAGAAACUUCACUCCAGGAAAAAAUGGGACUGGAACAGUUUACCGGGCUCAGAUUCCUCUCUUCUAAUCAAAACAGCGUCAGGAAACCAUAAUCUUAUUAACAUUUGCAUAGACGGUGAAUUCAAGCAAAUUAUGUACGAUCCGAACCAUAAUGAGCUGUUUAAUAGAAUGGACUUAUUCUUAUCCUUCAACAUGGACUCUUCAUCAAAGGACUCCCUAAUUUUUGCAAAGAAAAGAUUGCAGUCAUACCUUGAUUUCUUAACAAAAUAUUUAGAAGCUAGGAGAUAUGCAUUUGAAUGUUAUCCAUUUAACAUAGAGAAUAUUAUUAGCAUAGAAACUGAAGUGAAAUGCUUUCCAUCAUUUGAUCCAUUAAAAGAUUAUUCUGAAAUUGAGUCCCUAAUUCAAUUAUGGCUGGGUCAGUCUCAGAAGUUUUUAUUGCAAUCAAACUCGUUCUUCUUCUCAUCUGAAGUGGUACAGGAAUUAAUCAAAAGGAAAUCGACCACAAGGCAGCAUUCUAAUCCUGCAAUCAGCACUGCCACCAAUAAAACGAAUGACCCUACGCUAUACAUUCAACAACUGGAUAUCGAACCAAACUCUCCAAGGCCGGUUAUAUCGGAUCCAUUAGAUGAAAUUGACAUCUUAUUAAUAAGGCCGUUGCACAAAACUCUGGGUGGCUGGCAGCUAGCUUACGACGAGCCGAGCUUGAACAUCGCGGACUUCCCAUUGGACCUAUCUCCCUGGAUGAUUGACAACAGCACUCAAAAUAAGAGCAGUAAUGACAUUGACGAUGUGUCUGAACAUUUAAAAAACUUACAAAAUUAUUUACCAAGUAAGAAUUCCGGGGUAAAAAUCGUCUCUGAUGAACAAGAAAUCAUUGAAUUAAAUUCUUCCAAUGCCUCAGAGUAUAUGUAUGACUGCAUGAAUAGAAAGUUCUUUACAGAUGACGCAAAAGAACGUAUUUCCAGAAAUAAUUUUAAUCAGGGAACUGAAGAGGAUUCUUCAAGCGACCCAUUCGCCUCAAGUAGAUCUUUAUCACUACCUUCCUCAGGGGCAGACGCGGUCAAAAGGAAGAAGAGUCCUAUCAAGAGUAACAAAAAAUCGGGUUUUGUUAACUUUUUCAAGAGAAAGCACUCUCAACUUGCAUCGACUUCGCAUAACUUGAGUCCUUCAGUCUCACCUAGCAUAUCUUCCUCUUCUUCCCCGAAAAUCCAACCACAGUCACACCUUCCAAGUCCUCCUCGGGGGGACAAAGCUCGCCAUAUCAAAUCAACUAAUCAAGCCCUUCAAAAUGAAUGGCUGGAAAACUUUUUCUGCCGGACAUUGAACAACUACAAAGAAAUCGAUUUGCCGACACAAUUUAUUUUACCCAGGGAAGUCAAGAAAUCCUCAAAUGCACAAUCUCAAUCCGAAGAGGAAUCACCCCUGUCAUCGCCCGCUUCUAGCAAUAUGGAAAACCCUAUACCAAAUGAAGGACUGGACAGGGCAAAGAGUGCAGCCACUUAUGGUAAAGAAUACUUGCAAUUAAGACUACCAUUCGCUUCAGACACUAUACCUGCUGUAAUAUGCCCAUGGGUGUGGACAAGUUUGAGUUAUUAUAAAUGGAAGGCUUUGCUUAGAGAAAUAUACAGGUCGAUCAUUCCUGGAGGUUACGCCCUCGCAAUUGUUCCAGAUUUAAGAAUAUCAAAUACUUACUAUACUGGGAUCCUUGGUGACGCUGAUUCCAAUAAUGCAAAGGAAACUUCAGAUGAAUUUUUGACGACAAAGGAAAGAGAUAAGACAUUUGAUGCCAUGGCUAUCGAUGCAAUAAAUAAAGGUCUACACAUUCACCCAACAAAGCAUUUAACGAAGACAUUCAAGGAUGUAGGAUUUAUAGGAAUUAAGUCCUCCGUUCUAAGUUUGAAAACUGGUGACUUCAAAACAGAUAUGGGUUUUUUGAAUGAGUUGAACUCCUUGGAUGUAUGGGAUUUCAUGUUGAGAAAGCAAUUACCAGAUAGCAGUGCCCCUCCAAAGGAUACCGACCCCACCACUCUUUUCAAAAGGUAUGUGGAAGAGCAUAUGGGCAAAAUUGACGACAAUGCUGGCUGUUUCAGAACCUUAUAUGUGGUGGCACAAAAACCAAAACUGCCAUAUACGAAGUAA